GUGAAAAGUCUCCGGGAUGAGUUGUGCGUCCGGUCGCGGAGCUCGGGAUUUGCCGUCAGUGCGGGUCCGACAUCAGCCGCAGGAGUUUCAGCCGGAGCGCCAGGGUUGCAGGAGUUGUGGGGCCCGCGGGCAGACACAUCGCUGAGUGCGGAAAAUAACGCGCUGAAGUUGUUAUACGCUGUGCAAUCGACUUCUGUGUUUGCUGUUAAAGUUUUAUCUUCAUGAAACCAUGCGCGUUUUAAAACUGCUGUUUUCCCCAUGUAGUUGCUUAUGAGAUCUACAAAACAAAAUAAACAGAAAUGUCUUUUUGCACGUCAGAAAUUGAACAUGUGCACAAGGUUUUGUCGUUAAUGUUGAAGAAUUUGGAAUGUCCAAUAUGCUUAGAAUUGAUGAAAGAACCAGUAUCAACAAAAUGUGACCAUCAGUUCUGUAGGUUUUGUAUAUUGAAGCUUUUUGGCAAGAAGAAAAGCAGUAUACAGUGCCCAUUGUGCAAGAACAAACUUACCAAGAGGAGUCUCCAGGAAAGCACCCAAUUUAAACAACUUGCAGAGGGAAUUGUGAGAACAAUUCGUGCAUUUGAAUUGGACACAGGUUAUGAAUUCUCCAUUGGUGACGCACAGAAAACAAUCCCAGCUGAGGUCAACUCUUACAGACAGUUAUGGAAAGAUGACGACAGUGCCCAGUGCAAUAAUACCCCACAGAAAAUUGUAGCUGCUGGAGUCUCUAAAUGUCGCACUUUGAAUGUUUGCACUGACCCUCCAUUGACUGAAUUUGUAAGAAAAGCUUCAACAAGAAAUAAAAGGCAGAAAAUAGAUGUUGCUCCUGCUUAUGUUGAGAUUGACUCUGAUUCUUCCGAUGAGCCUUUGUUCGGAGCACAUGUUAAAGAAAAGUCAACGUUGCAGCAAAAGACUGUGAAAAAGAAAACCACUUCUGAAGAAGAGAAAGCAGAUCAAUGUGACAAUGAUGAAAAAGGUUCUGAGGAAAAGAAAUCAAAAAUAUCUAAACCAGUGUUGGAGGAACUGUUUUCAUCAGAAAUGGAUGAUAAUGAAGUGUCAGAAGAUACUGCAAACACUGAUGCUGGCGAUUAUUCCUGUGCAACUGAAUCUGUGGCAGGACUAAAACAAAUGACUGAGAACAAAUCAGAAAGUAGCUUCUGUAGCCCAGAGGCACCCAGAGAGAUGCAUGGGUCUCCAGUUGACAAUGUCAAUGAAAAAAUCAUGCAUCAUGCUGCAAAAAUGGUGAAUACAGAAAAUUGCACUGAUGGAAAAGAGCUUUUCACUGACAGUCCGGUGCCAUUGCCUUUGGAGAACAAUAUGUUGAAAAAAGACUUGGAAAUAUUGGAUAACCAGGAGGACGUUAAUCAGAAAGAUUCUAAUUGGGUAGUCGGAGAUAAAACUGAUUUUCAGAAAGAUAGGAAUGAAUCUAGUUGUUCAUCAGCUCCAAAAGUGUCCAAGAGAAAAAGCCAGAGAAUUAUCAGAAAAGUCAGUGAAUGGUUAUCCAAAAUUAACGUUGAUGAGGUGUCAAGGCUUGGUGCUGAAUCUAAUCCAUGUGACCAGAACACUGAAUCAGAUUCUUUAGCAGAAAAAGAGAGCCAUUUUGCAUCUUGUGAAGAAGCUUCUAGUUCAGAUGAUACUGAAAAAGUUGAAUAUGAUCCUCUUGCAUCACCCUUAAAAGAUGACAGAAAUGUAACAAAAGCACUGGUAACUGGUGUUGAAAACAAAGUAUUUGGGAAAACCUAUAAGAGAGACAAAAGAAAGAGUGCUCCUGUAAACUGGAGUUUCAGAUCUGAAAGCAAAAGUGAUGAUGUACAGGCCCACAGAGAACCUGACUUUGAGAUUAGUUGCAAUAAAACUCAAAAAAGAAAAACAAGAAGCAAUGGAUUGUAUCCUGAAGACUUUAUAAAAACGCCAGUUAAUGAUGGUUAUCAUGUUGAUGGCGUUUGGAAUGCAAACAUCCAGAUUGAUCAGGAACAUGUUCUUGUGCCUCAGAUCAUUGAAACUGAGACAAAUGAAGGAUUGAGAGAAGAACCAUCUGAUAGUAAAGAGAAAGACAAGCCCAUUAUUGCCACUCCAGUAGAAGCUGCUGUUUAUAGUGAGAUGGUGGAAACUGGGCAUUUGGUGGAAGACUGUAUGCAAAAUCUGCAACAGCCUGAUCUGAAGGUGGCCAAGGCUGAUGCUGAAAGCAAGAAAAACAUGAACAAAGGAAAAAAGUCAUCGGCAAAACAGACCAAGAAAAGAUCUAAACCUUUGCAACUUGUCAACCAUCUUGGAACACCAAGUCCCAGAAGCAGCCCAACUGAUAUGAAUGAAAACAAAAUUGACAGUUUCCCCAGUAGUGAAGAACCUGUGAAAACAGAACUGGAAAUGAGGACGACCAGAAGAAGCAGCAGGUUGAAGCUUCUGGAUGAAAAGUUAAUCAUGGAAGGCAAAAACAUGAGCAAGAAAACUGAAUUGACCAGGUUGCAUUCACAACUCGGGACUGGAGUAGAUGUUGCACCUUCAGAGCAGAGUGUGGAAAACACUGAUAUAGAUGUAUGUGUAGAAACUGAAAGUUUAACUAUGCAGGAUAUUAUAGCCCAAACCCGCAGUGAGCAGUUAUCUAAUGUUAAUUGUUCAAAUGAAAAGUUUGCAGCUUCUUGUGGAAACUGUGUAGUAGAAAAACUUGAAGAUGGCGCUGCAUUUGGGUUAUCAGGAGAUGUGGAAGAACAAUUAAUGGUGUGUGAUAAAACAGCAGAAACUGGUAAUGCUACACUGCUGGCUAAACAUCCUCUGUCUUCUAAUCAUUCACCUGUCACAAUAGCUUCUGGCACAUACUCACAGGAUUCAGGUACAGAGGCCAGUGUCCUGUUGCUGGCACCACAGCAUGUUCCUGAGAGAGAACAUAAUGGUCAGAAUCUCCAUUCCAGUUGUACAGAAGUUGGAAAGUUGAGCUCAAAUGAUACAACAUUUUUGUCUGGGAAUCAGUCAAAGGUAGCAACCAUGAGCAGUGAAGAAAGCAGUGGUGAGAAAGUGUCUACAAAACAGACCAGAUUGAAGGAGACUGCUGGAGACAGUGAAGUGGACACUGAACAGCUUCUAAAAUCAUUUAAGUCAGCAAAACGGAGAUCAUUUAUUCUUUUGCCAGCUGCAGGUCGUCGAUCUGUGGAAGGUGGGUGCCGAGCAGCUCCAACUUCCCAGGGUGAGUCUGCUGGUAAAUCUAAGGAGAUAGAUAAAGGAGCUGCAGUAAAUAGAAAGAAUGACAGAAACUUUGUUACACAUCAAAAAACUGGAAAAGUGAAUUUCGAUAAAACUGCUUCUGGGAUCAAAGAAACUCUGGUUGCCAAUGAGGCCAAAGCUAAGCAGUGCUCUCGGGAGUUGGAUAAUGACGUGCAGCAAAUGAACAGGGCAGAUCAAGAUUCUGUUGAAAUUGUUCCUCCAACAGCAUCUUUGCCUCUUCCAUCUGUAUUUCCAGAGCAUGGCCAGCAGAUGGUGCCUCUGUCAAGUAGGACAAAGGGGAAAAGGAAUAACAGGUUGCUCGGAAAAAAAGGAUCAAAAAGUAGUUCUUUGGCCUCUACAGAGAAAGAAGAAUUUGAUUCUGAUAGAUCAAGCCAAACUGGUAAGCACUUAAGUAGCAACACAAACAACAAUUCUUGUCUUAAAGCUACAAAUCCAGUUAAGGGUAGACUUAUUGACCAAGCUGUUCAGCAGAGUGUUUUGGAUCCAGAGCUUGAAUCCAAUGUCCAUCCAGAAAUGGAAUUGUUUUCAGCUGGGGACCAAUUUGAAGAGAUUGAAAAAGAUAUUUACCAAAAGAGAGAAUCGGAUAAAUUGCUAAGAGAUAAAGAGUUUUAUGAAAACAGUGAAUUACCUCAAAGAGUUUCUAAGGAUGUAGAAAGUGAGUUAGUUAAAUUAGCUGAUGGAGCAAGUUACCAUUCUCAGUUUGUCUUUCCCAAUGCAGACGAAAGCAAUGCUGCAGGAAAUAAAGUUGGUGAGACUUUGCAAAUGAUCUCUGCAACUCCUGAUGAGCUAUUUGACUCUGCUAAGCCGAGCUUCCAUAAAAAUAUUGCAAAAAAUGCAGUCAAUGAGCUGGAUGAAAUGCAGAAUGAAUGUGAAAUGAGAGAGGAUCGCACACAGCUAAAACCGGAUAAAGAAAUGGCAGAAGAACUGAACGGCAGCUUGCAAAGCUAUUCUCAAGGUCAGACUAGAGGCUGGAAGAAGCGACCAGUGAAAUUGUCAACUUCAGAAUCUGAAACAAGUGAUGAAGACUUGCCUUGUUUUCAGAUAUUUGGAUUCAACAAAUCGGGUUCAAAAACUAAGUCAGUAUCACAGAGUCCCUUAAAUACAAUUUGUCUGUCUUUAAAAGGCUCCCAGGAUCAAAACUCUUCUUUGCCAAAUAAUAAUACAGAAGUUAGAAAGCCAGUUUUCACUGAAGCAAAUAAAUUAAAUGAGAGCAAAGGUAAGAGUUGUCCACAAAAUGAAUCCCUUUCCCCAAGCCAAGGGUCUGAAGAAUCUCCGGACUUGUUUUCUUCUCAUUCUGAUGGUUCAUCCCCUAAUCCCAGUCCACAACCAAAAAUGAGCCAUAAGGCACAUCACAAACAAAAAAAUGCUGUAAAUUUGUCUGCAUCUGAAACUUGGGAGGAAAAUAAUGAAGAAACUUGGAAAAGCACACCUGCUUCAGAUCUGCAGCCACAACUUUUAGAAGCUGGAAAAGUGCCAGAUUAUGACAGUGAUGCCAGCCAUACGGGUGAUUCCUUCUCUCCAGAAUGUGAAUUUCUCACCACUCAGCAAAAGAAUGCAAUGCAGAAUAACAUAAAGAAACUUGAGCAUGAAAUGGCUGUCCUUGAGGCAGUCCUGGAUCAACAUGGAAGCCAGGACACUCAACACUUACUUUUAGUGAACCAUCAAGAAGACUGUCCUGAGAGCCUUCAACGUGACCAGAAAACAAACAGUUCAUUGAUAGAAAAGGUUACUGCUGCCUUUCCCCUGGUGGAUGCUGAGAUUUUGCAAACCAAAUCAAAAUGUCUUCCAGCAACUGAGGCCUUAAGACCUCAACAACAGCUAAACACAAGCAUAACCUUUACACAUGGGGAUAAAGAAGAGACUGAAUGCCUGAAACCUGUAAUGGAUUUGGAAAUUGGACAAAUACCAGAGAGAUUUCAAGAAGUGAAUGGCUUGCUCCAUCAAUUCCAAUCUGAAGCAAGCUCUCAAGGGGAAAUGAAAGAGCCUUCAAGUGCAGAAAGAAAAAAAGAAAUGAAAGAGCAAGUAGACUUGGAGAGUGAAGUAGAUGUCAGUGCUGGUAAUGAGAAGUUACUGAAAGACAUUACGCUGAUUCAGAAAUUGGACGAUGAAGGAAAGGAGGAGUGUGUCCUGGUACCAGAAGAAAGGGUUUCCAUUUGGUCUCCUAGGAUAGCAUUGCAACAUACACAAGGGGUAGCUGGCAGCCUAAGUCUGCCACCAUUCCAAACCAAGAAGACCAACAGAAAGGCAAUGUCCAAAAGCUUCAAGCAGAAUAGAUCUUCUCGUGCUUCAUCUCCUGUUUUCAACAAGAUUUCAAAGUCCAAGAGCACCAUUACAACAGUUCAAAGAAAAAUGUCUUUUGUGGCUUCAGGGUUGAACAAAUGUGAAAUUCAAUUGGUUGAAGCUUUUGCAAGAAAAAUGGGAGCUGAAUUUCGAAGUAACUUUUCACCCAGUACAACACAUGUCAUCAUGAAAACAGAUGCAGAUUUUGUUUGUGAGAGGACACUAAAGUACUUCAUGGGAAUAGCAGGGAGGCGAUGGGUUGUCAGUUAUCAGUGGAUCAUUGAAUGUUUUAGAGACGGCUCAAUAAUUGAUGAGCUUGAGUUUGAGGUGCGAGGUGAUGUAAUCAAUGGAAGAAACCAUGGUGGCCCAAGAAAAGCAAGAAAAACAGUCGAUGGAAAACUGCUGUUAAGCCAUUAUGAGAUUUGCUGCUAUGGUUCCUUUACGGGGAUGAGCAGAGAUCAGCUGGAAUGGAUGAUAGAACUAUGUGGUGCCUCAAUAAUUAAGGAACCUUAUUUAUUCACCUAUAGCCCUAACUGUACUGAAGUGGUGGUCGUGCAGCCUGAUGCUAAUCCAAUAAACACAGACUACAGAGCAAUAGAAAGACAAUACAAUAGUACUGUGGUUUCCCGGGAAUGGAUCUUGGAUAGUAUUGCUUGCUAUGAACGCCAUCAACUGAAAGCUUAUCAGAUCUGCCUUCCGGACUGAAAGUCAGCACAACCUGGAUAUUCUGAGGAUGUAUUUGUUAUUUAAAUUGAAUUUGUAUAUAAUGUAAAUAGAUACAUUUGUUAUUUGGGUAUAAUGUAAAUAACUGAUUCAGAGCUCUAUUAAAAUAGAGCAAAAUUCUGAUCAUUAAUGCAUUGCAAAAGGUUACAUUUUAAUUGUCUUUGGGUUCAAUUGCAAAUGCUUAGUGUUAACACCUUAUUCAGUGCUAGAUGUUGAGUCAUAAACGUUUUGAUUGUUUUAAAACAAAAUUUGUGUUGUAUGACAGGUUCAGAAUUUAAGCUUCAACUAUUAGUGCACAUUAUAGUGAUAAAAUUCAGCUUUGGAAAUGGAGGAAAAUAUUGUGCAUUGCCCUUAUAAACACAAGAAAAGCUACACUCUGUAAAGUAUGUAAUCAAUUGCACAGGUAUUUUUUAUCAGUUACAGUUUUACUGACCAGUAUGAAUGAAGAUUGUGUAUUUUAUCUUUGUAUUUAAGCAUAAAUUUAGUCUGUCGUACUUCCCAGCUUUCUAUGAUUUGCACUGUAGCUGUAGAAUUCUUUCCUUCCAGAAACCCUGCAAUUACUGUACCAUUGUGUAUCUGUGCAUUUGCUCUGCUAUUACUGCCCCUGACAUGCCCUGACCAAAAAGGUGGAAGGAGUGAUGCUCACUGAUCUUUUUCACCAGAAGUCUUCCUAUUGGCCUGUUAAAAACUGUGUUUUGAUUUUAAUCUCCUCCUUGGAUCUCAAUCUAUCAACCUUUUUUUUCUUGAUGCAGCCUUACAGUUCUGAAUGCAUAAUUAACUUCACCAAAAUGAUAUAUUUAAGACUACAUCAAAUUUAACAUGCAAGAUUACUUGUUUUCCCAAUUCCAGUUAAAACAAUGAAAACUAUUAAUCAUUUACAAUCUCACUUGCUUCCCUGGUGUACUGCAGCUCAUUGGUACAAAUGGCAGCUAUUAUGGUAUAUUUCCAUCCCUUUUUGCUAAGUUGUUUCUUUUUGCAGAACAUGUUAUUAAUAUAAACUUGCCGUGCCAAAGUUAGUUAAGAACUGAUUUGUACAUGAAGUUAAGGUUGCUGAUAUGGUGGAGGAAUAGCCAAUCUAAAUUCAUGUUGGUUGUAAUAGGAUCUGUAUGCGAUACAUUCCUGUAAUAGAUUUCUUUGGCUCCACAUUGUUCUAAUUUGAUCUACAACCUAACAUUCACUUUGGUUAAUCUGCUGACUAAUCUUUGUGUUCUGUGAUCUCAAUGAUUUCUGUAUUCCAAAUUUGUAACUCUGCUUUAUUCCAUGGUUAAUUGUACUCUAAUUACCAAUCAAUUGGCUCUUGGCUUUUGACCUUGGGCCAUUACAUUUUGUUUAGUCAUUUGUCAGCAAUUUAAAGUCAAGUGUUUGACUAUGGCAAAAGUCUAAAUGAAAAGUUUGGACUUGUCUAUUCUGUAAUUGAAAUAAUUUGGCAACAGUUUGAUUUUUAAAUUCUAGUGUAAUGAGUUUUUGUGCCACAGCAAAAUCUCACUAAUUGCAUUGUGACAAUCUGUACCCAUUGUAAUUAAACAGGUGACAAAAUUGACAGAACUACAAAAAAGCCUACAUCUAGUCGAUCCCCUUGCUCUGGUUUAAACUGCUGUCUGCCUUCAGCAGAAAUCUUCCAUGGGCUGUAUUGAAUUUUUCAUUUGAAGGCUUCAGUGACUAAUUUAUACUGUCAAAAAUUCACUGAAGAUGUGUUGGGAGAAGAAUAUAAAUUCUUAGACUAUAAACAAAAGAAAAAGUUGUUGAUUUACUAUGCAAAAACUUGACUUUUUUCUUCCUAAUGGAUCUGCUGAAGUUCAUAGCCCUGGUUCCAAAGUCUGUUUAACUUCAAACACAUUCGUUUUCAGAAUGUUUGCAAUUGAUUAAAUACCAGAAUUUCUCCUGUUGAUUUUGUGUGGAUUGAAAUGCAUCACCUUGCUUUAUUGACCUCUGUCCACAAAGUAAGUUCUGCAAAGAAACAGCUGGGUUUUUAAAGAUGCAACUCGAGGAAUGUCUGAAGAACUAUUUACCAAUAUUUGCUGCUGUGUUUUCCUUUGAAAAGUCCCCGAGUUCUGAAUCCCUCCUUUUGAAAUAUGUCUGAAUUUGGGAAUGCUGGUGGUAUAUCAAAGAUCUAAGGCAGGUCUCUAUCACAACAUUCUGGUCCAUGACACUGGUUACCCACUGGGUGCAUUUCCAGUAUAGUGCGAAAAAUAAGAUAAUGGUGCACUUUGUGCAUGAUAUAACAAUUGUACUGAAAUGUAAAAUAUCUUUAUAAAACUUUGUAAAAUUUUAAUGCAUUCGACAGUGAUAAUUAAAACAAAAAGAUAUCAUUCUAACUGAGCUGCCUUUUAUAAAUUUGGAUCAAACUAAUUUGAUUGAAUACUGCAAAACUUUACAUGGUAAAGUCACUCAAUUAUAGUUUUGUUGCUAAAAGACUGUAAUUAACUGCAGGUAAGUCAUACAAGCAAGAUAAAUUGAACUUGUUUAUCUGCCUAUUUCUUUCAGUUCUAGAUGUGUAUCUUGUGGGAAAGAAGCUGCUUGAAAUAAAUGAAUGGGGCAGCUAUGUAAUUAAAAAUGAGAUUGUGACCCAAGGUGCAAAUUAUUAAACUGUCUAC